CCUGAUUGUCUUUCAUGUUUUGUAAGCCGCCAUAGAUUCCUAUUGACGUGCUUUUUCAAGUGCUCUAGAAUUUAUCAAUUUUGCGGGGAUAGUUGGUGAUAAGAAGCCCUCAAAUUAGUGUGAAUCUGUGCCGUGAAACGCAUCCCACGCGUUAGUGUUUACUGGGAUCUGUGAAUAUGCGUGGAAAGUGCAGAAUUUCGCGUUGAAAGGUGUCUGUGUCACUUCCUGUUGAAUCCCCUGCAUUUCCCGUGAAUUACUCUGUGUUCUGUUGUGAUUCGUGAUCCCACUCCCCAGUGUUUAGUGCUAGUGACUGAGAGUGCACCAUGACGGAGAAAAUAACGCUGGCAGACGCCCUGUCGAAUGUGGAGGUGCUCGAUGAGCUGCCACUCCCUGAUGAGCAACCGUGCAUUGAGGCUCAGCCAUGUUCUGUGGUCUACAAGGCGAAUUUUGACACGAACUUUGAGGAUAGGAAUGGCUUUGUGACGGGAGUGGCUAAGUAUAUUGAGGAAGCCACUGUCCAUGCCAAUUUGAAUGUGUUGCUGGACGAAGGGCAGCAGCAUGCAGUGAUGCUGUAUACCUGGCGAUGUUGCUCCCGUGCCAUUCCCCAGCCCAAGUCCAAUGAGCAACCAAACAGAGUGGAAAUUUAUGAGAAAACCGUUGAGGUGCUUGCACCUGAAGUCAACAAAUUGCUCAAUUUCAUGUACUUCCAGCGGAAAGCCAUUGAGGCAUUCUGUGCUGAAGUUAAGCGUCUCUGUCAUUCGGAGAAACGGAAGGAUUUUGUGUCUGAAGCAUAUCUCCUGACCCUUGGGAAGUUCAUCAAUAUGUUUGCGGUUCUCGAUGAGCUGAAGAAUAUGAAGUCGAGUGUGAAGAAUGACUACAGCACUUAUCGCCGGGCUGCUCAGUUUCUCAAAGUCAUGUCAGACUCCCAUACACUCCAGGAAUCCCAGAAUCUCUCCAUGUUCCUGGCCACGCAGAACAAGAUUCGCGAUGCUGUCCGGGAGACGCUGGAGAAGGUGAAUGGCUAUGAGGAUCUCAUGGCUGAUGUCGUGAAUAUCUGUGUCCAUAUGUUCGAGACGAAGAUGUACAUGACUCCCGAGGAGAAGCACAUGUUGGUCAAAGUGAUGGGCUUCGGGCUGUUCCUCAUGGACACGGAAGUGUGCAAUGUGAACAAGUUGGAUCAGAAGAAGAAGCUCAGGCUCGAUAGAAUCGACAGGAUCUUCAAGAAUCUGGAAGUUGUUCCACUUUUUGGGGACAUGCAGAUUGCUCCCUUCAACUACAUCAAGCGCAGCAAGCAUUUUGACCCAAGCAAAUGGCCUCUGUCCUCAUCAACUGCCAUCAGUCCUCAGGCUGACCUCAUGGUGCAUUUGCCGCAAAUCCGCGAGGAUCACGUCAAGUACAUCUCCGAACUGGCCAGGUACACCAAUGAAGUGACCACAACGGUCAAGGACAACACGACAGAUGCAGAAAAUCGAGCAACAGCUGACCUGGCUCUGCGUGGACUCCAGUUGCUCUCAGAGUGGAGCAGCGUGGUCACGGAGCUGUACUCAUGGAAGUUGCUCCAUCCAACUGAUCAUCACCAGAACAAAGAGUGCCCCGUGGAGGCUGAGGAAUACGAAAGGGCCACACGCUACAAUUACACGGAUGAGGAGAAGUUUGCACUGAUUGAAGUGAUUGCCAUGAUCAAGGGGCUUCAGGUGCUAAUGACACGCAUCGAGACGGUUCUCUGUGAAGCCAUCAGGCGCAGCAUUUAUGCAGAACUGCAAGACUUUGUGCAGCUGACCCUCAGGGAACCUCUCCGGAAGGCAGUUAAAAACAAGAAGGACCUCAUCAGAAGCAUUAUAAUGUCCGUGCGUGAAUCAUCUGCUGAUUGGCAGAAAGGCAGUGAAUCUCUCGAUGAUCCAGCCCUCAAAGGGAAGAAAGAUCCCGAUGGAGGCUUCAAAAUUGCCGUUCCUCGCUUGAAUGUCGGUCCUUCGUCCACUCAAUUGUACAUGGUGCGAACAAUGCUCGAAUCCCUGAUUGCCGACAAGUCCGGAGGGAAGCGUACACUGCGCAAGGAUAUCGAUGGAACAUGCCUGAUGCAGAUUGAUCAGUUUCACAAGAAUUCCUUCUACUGGAGCUACAUCAUUAAUUUCAGUGAGACUCUGCAGAAGUGUUGUGAUCUCUCGCAACUCUGGUACAGAGAAUUUUAUUUGGAGAUGACAAUGGGCAGAAAAGUCAAUCACUGCAAGGUGAUGCAUCAGCACAAUGAAGAGUGCAAUGAUUUGAUCACGAUGGAGAAGAGAAUUCAAUUUCCCAUUGAAAUGUCAAUGCCGUGGAUUCUCACGGAUCACAUUUUGAGGACAAAGGAACCGUCAAUGAUGGAAUUUGUGCUGUAUCCAUUGGAUUUGUACAAUGAUUCAGCUCACUAUGCCCUUACGGUCUUCCGGAAGCAAUUUCUCUACGAUGAAGUGGAGGCUGAGGUGAAUCUCUGCUUCGAUCAGUUUGUGUACAAAUUGAGCGAACAGAUCUUUGCCCAUUACAAACAAUUGGCCGGAAGUAUGAAUUUGGAUAAGCGUUUCCGGGUGGAAUGUGAAGUGUUGGGCUUCAAUUUUCAAUCAUACCCACGGAAUAAUCGCUAUGAGACACUUCUGAAGCAGCGACAUGUUCAACUCUUGGGCAGAUCCAUUGAUCUCAAUAAACUCAUCACGCAGAGAAUCAAUGCUGAUAUGCACAAGAGUCUCGAACUGGCCAUUAGUCGCUUCGAGGCCACAGAUAUCACGGGAAUUGUGGAAUUGGAAGGAUUGAUUCAGGUCAAUCGCAUCUGUCACAAAUUGCUCAGCAAAUACCUUGCCCUGGAUGACUUUGAGUCGAUGGUGAAGGAGGCCAAUCAUCUGGUUCAGGCGCCCUAUGGACGGGUAACUCUUCAUGUUUUUGUAGAGCUCAGCUAUGACUUCCUUGCCAAUUAUUGCUACAAUGCAGCAACAAAUCGGUUCGUGAGAUGUCCUCAGGGCAUUGCCCUGGUGCAUCCGCUUCAGCGAGAAAAGCCACAGCAAAUGUCCCAUUACUAUCUCUGGGGCUCAAAGCAACUCAAUGCAGCCUAUUCCACGCAGUACGGACAAUAUGCAGGCUUUGUUGGGGCUCCGCAUUUCCAUGCCAUGUGUCGAUUGCUGGGAUACCAGGGCAUUGCAGUCGUCAUGGAUAUUAUUCUAAAGGACAUUGUUAAGCCACUCAUUCAGGGGAAUUUGCUGCAAUUCACCAAAACUCUCAUGUCAGCAAUGCCAAAGACUUGCAAAUUGCCGAGAUUCGACUACGGAUCCCCGGGUGUGUUGAGCUACUACCAUGCCCAUUUGAUUGAUAUUGUUCAGUAUCCGGAUGCCAAGACGGAACUGUUUCAGUUGUUCCGGGAAUUUGGCAACAGCAUCAUCUUCUGCCUGCUGAUCGAACAGGCUCUGUCGCAGGAGGAAGUGUGUGAUCUCCUGCACGCUGCUCCGUUUCAGAACAUCUUGCCGCGUCCCCAUUGCAAGGACGGCGAGAAACCGGAGACGAAACAAAAGCGACUGGAGAUUAAGUACGCUUCGCUGCAGAUUGUGUCGAAUGUGGAGAAGUUCGGAACCGCCAAGCAGGCGAUGAUUGCCAGGGAGGGAGAUUUACUGACGCGGGAGAGGUUGUGCUGUGGCCUGAGUAUCUUUGAGGUGAUCCUGGGGCGUGUUAAGAGCUACUUGGACGAUCCGGUUUGGAUGGGUCCGGCUCCUAUCAAUGGCGUCAUGAAUAUCGAUGAAUGCUCUGAGUUUCAUCGUCUCUGGUCGGCUCUGCAAUUUGUCUACUGCAUCCCCGUGGCAGAUACUGAGUUUACUGUUGAGCAAUUAUUCGGAGAAGGUCUCAACUGGGCUGGUUGUGUUAUGAUUGUUCUUCUUGGGCAGCAGAGAAAAUUCGAAGCAUUGGACUUCUCCUAUCAUAUUCUGCGGGUUCAGCGAGUUGACAUGAAGGAUGAGACAGUUAAAGGGAUUAGCUUGAAGCGUCUUGUUGAUCGGAUUCGUCGAUUCCAAGUUCUGAAUUCGCAAAUUUUUGCAAUUUUGAACAAAUACUUGAAGAGUGGGGACAACGAGGGAUCUACUGUUGAACAUGUUCGCUGUUUUCCACCCCCACCUCAUCCCUCAAUGAUGCCCGCUUCCCACUAUCACGAUCCAAAUAAGAUAAGACACUAAAAGAUUACAAAUACAGAAACAUUCACCUUCCUACUCCUAUUUAAAUACUGAAUAGUGUUCUACAUCUUCCUAACAUUUUCCCACAAAGUAUUAGUGCUAAUAAGAUACAAAAUGCAAUUAUUUUAUUUUAUUAAAAAGAAAUAUUUGUUAAUAAUCAUAAAAACCCCAAAAUCAUAAAGAAAAUUUUCAUUUGAAAAAGUGCAUUUCUUUAAUUUAAUUUUAGGUUUUUUUUUAAUGGAAUUUUUCAGUUAAAAAAAUCAUUAAUAUUAACGUUAUCGAUAGAUAUUUCCGAUGAUAUUUCCCAUAGCAUAUGAAAAUAUAUACUAAAAAUUUUAUAAACAUAAAAUAUAUUCAAAAAAAUAAAUAGUGCUUUUGUGGAAUACUCA